AUUACCCUUAUUCAACACGUAUAUCAACAAAAUGUACACAGUGUUCAAACAGAUGCCUUUAAGUCGACACCUUACAACCAGCGUCCAUGAUAAACUUCAGAGGUGCUUGUCUCCGUUAGCAUCGGUAUUAGCAGAAGUUACCUUUCAGGAUCAAGCGGGAACCUGAAGAGUGGUUGCGAGUCCGAUACGCCACCGGAACAAUUUCGCACAGCACAAUGACUCUGCAUUUUCAACUGUGUACAAAAAAACUAGUUUUGGCUGUAAAAUUAUUUCAGCAUGGUGAACGUUGGUGACAGCGCUAGCUCAAUGAGUCUUUGUGAAGGGAAAGACAAUUUCCGCUUCCAUUUCAAAGUAAAAUAUUUGCGUCCGAGUAAUUGACUAAACCUUGCAUCUUUGCAAAAUAAUCUUUUCUCGGGUCAUGAUAUUUCGAUAUUUUAAACAAAUUUUCUACUUGCACUUAAAACCAAUGUCAAAUUACCUGGCUCAUUUUAUUGUUUUACUCGUACUUGUAUUUUAUUUUGAAGUCCAACCACUGAACCCAUUCAAACCGUCACGGUGUGUAGCUUGAUGUAUUUCACAAAAAGCACUACCUCGCGCGCUUCCGUUUUCCCAUGAUCCUCAGCAAUAUUUUCAAAACUUUAAGGCUAAAACAUGCCCAGACAUAUUUUUAACACACACACACACACACACACACACACACACACACACACACACACACACACACACACACACACACACACACACACACACACAAUAUUAUUUUCUGUUAAUUUUAAGUCAAACCAAUUUCACAACAGUAUCAUAACACAAAACUUCUUUUAAUACAGUUGGUAUUUGCCUCAAUAACAUCAAUGAUUGUAUUUUUCAUAAGCACGUGACAGAUAUACACUAAUAAAUAAUACUCAAGUAUUUCAAUCCUUAUUGAACAUUUUACCAUUAAUUUAGUUUACUCUAUUUUUCCAGUGAUAACAGGUAACUUCUGAAUGUUUUGCCAAGAUCUUUUCUCACUAUCUGCAGAAAGGUACAGUAAUUUUUCCACAGAAGCCAAAUUUGAGUUAACAUGAGUUCUCAGCUGAUUUUCUAACUAUUUGAGGACAAUAAUUCAUUUAACCAUGAUAACAGGUUCCCAUUAUCAUGGGGAAAAAACAGGUCAUGUCACCCUGCAAUAGAGUGAAAUAUAAACCUGUUUUUGAAAACACUAGCUUUGUUUUAGUAACAUAAGUAAGUAGAGCCCUGAAAAUAAAUAAGAAUAGCUUCCCACCACAAAACAGACCAGAUAGGAUGUAUUCUGCAUGUCUACAUAUGGCUUCACUACAAAAGCUUUUUAGACAUUUAUAUAUUUAGACCAACACAUGAUACACAAUGACCGAUAAUAACACCAUGAACACUUGGGUUAGCUAGUGGAACCCAACACAACAGCUUUACUUCAAUUCUACUUUCACAAUUCUCUCUUCAUUUUCAGUUGUUGUUAACAAGGUCAGAAGGUGAUAAUUGUUCCUUAAACUAAUUGUUGAAGUUAUGGUGGGUGUUAGUUGUGCACUUGAAAGCAUUUUAUAAAAAGGUGCUCCUAACAUUUUUGUUAAUGGAAGGUAAAGAAUAUAACAUAGUGUAAUACAACAAAGCACACUGCUUCUCAGGACAACUUUAGAAAUAUAAACGUAUAAAAAUAAUACAGUGGUCAUCAACUGUUUGGAAAAAAAAAACAGAGAGGCUACAAGCUUCCUAAAAGCAGGAUUUAUCAAGCUGUUGUUUUAGGGUGCAUAGAUUUACACAGGGAUGUAUGAUGUCAUGGCUGUUCAGUAUACUUUUUUCCUCCCAAAUAUUCAUUUUAUUAACGUUUCUCCACUGCCUGAGGUAAUAAGGUUGUUUUCACAGUGGCUGUCAAACAUUGGGCGUGUAGCAGUUCGCAUGGACCGGUACUAAAGGAAUCCUAUUUGGUUUCAAACAUUUAAACAGCAGCUGCGGCAGCAGUUGAUGAAAACUCGUGAGAAGUUGCCCCUCUCCAACUCUCGCUUUUUCUUUUGAAACACUCUAUUGGUUAAUUUCAAAGUCACGUGGUACUUCGUUGACCAAUCGCAGCGCAGCCGCGCUAAGUCAAAUCGAGCGAGUUUUCCGCACCCAGACAGACGUGUUACUGUUUCUCUGAGCUACAGGUGGAGGGGAUUUCUCCUUGCGUUUAACACUACAAAGGCGGACAACAGGGUAAGUAAACAUUCAACAUUUUUAUACUUUCAUAAAGUUAGUGCAGAAUGUUUGUGGUGUAGAAACAGUCAGGGCGCCGGAGAAGACUGUCUAUGUAUGUACAGUUAACGCCUAAUAACGUUCAGCUUACCCAGACCUCUCCCUGUAUGUCAGCUGAUACAGGAUUUUGACUUGAACUAAUGGACGUUGUGUUUACAUGAAUGUUUGGUUACUUUCUGACAAAUAAGCACAACUAAGUCCAGUGCUCCAAAUAAAACCAUAGACUUACCAGAACUUCACAGAAAAUACACAGCGUAGUUACUUUCAGAUAGACAAGAGAAGAAUUCAUUGAAUUACUUAACCGUCUUAAAACUACUGUGUUACUUUAAGAUGUCAUCCUAGCACAAAAUUUGCUUAGUUAAAGCAAAAUGUAAACAAUGAAAUCAUGCAAUAUACAUGUUCUUUUGUUUGCCAUCACUAGGUGAUUGACUUACCCGGCAGAAGCGUCAUCAUGGACAUAGUCACAGUGUCGAGACGAGACCACGUCAGUAAGAAGGCAAGUCCAUUUGAACAACUUUUAUAUGGUACUAGCAAUGCUCAAUUUUAUCAGCAUAAAAGCAGUAUUGGUUGAUAAUAGCUGAAACAGGUCAUUAUUGAUAUCAGCAAUUAUGAAUACAGAUUGCCCAAAAAAUGAUGCAUUAGUGAUGUGCACACUGUGACACUGUGACAUCUUACCCAUUUUGGCUCUAUAGCCAAGCACUUUGAAGUGUCGGAAACAGACAGACACAUAACUGCCCAUUUCUAAAAAGCGAAAAUGUGUUUUCUCCAGUAUAAUCAAACAAUAUGUGUCUUGUUUAUCUGUCUUUAAUCAAACACAGUGUCAUAGAAAAGUAUAAAAAGUAGCAUGUAAAUCUGUUACUAGAGAAACGAUAGAUUCUUUAUGGUGGGAAAAAAUGGUGCAUGUAUAUUUGUAUCUAUCAGUAUUGACCGAAAGGACUAUUGAAUAUCAGCAAAAGUCCAAUAUUGUGUAUCCCCAUAUAUAAGAUUUCUCUCUUUAUUUUGACCUAGUCAAGUUGGAGCUCAAAACGAUCUUGUGUUAAUAAAGGCUUGUUUGAAUUUUCUCUCAGGAAAACAAGGAAAACACUCAGCCAGCAUUUGGAGGCAAGGCUGUCAUCAAAAGAGAAAAAGCGUUGGCUCCUCCUUUCCAACUGAAAAGCAACACUAGAAAGGAAACCUCAGUGAGAAAUGGUCCCCUUAAACCCAAGGAAAAACAAGCAGAGCUGAAGUCGACAACAGCUGAGGCUUUGAAAAAGACUGUACAAAGAAACAAGAAAGGAGCUGCUGUUUCUGAUGUCAAACCGCGUCAAACACACAGCCAGGCCUUCCUCUCUGAACAGGCUGUCAAACACAGGAAAAUGGUUGCAGAAGCUCCAAAGCCUCCAGCUGCUGGGCCAUCAUCAAAACCUGCUCCAGGCAUGUACAAAGGCAAGAUUGUUCAGUCAAAAAUCGGAUCCAUCUGGAAGUCAAGUAACAGUAUAACUGAUACAGAUUCAAAACCAUCUGCACCAAAACCAGAGAGCCAAAGGGUUGGACACAUGAUGAAAAGCAGGUCCAAAUCCGUGGUUGACCAGCCAAGGAAUAUCACACAAAAACCUGCACCUACACGGUCCAAGUCUGCAUCUGAAAGACCUCAAGUGUCCAAGCCUCCUGUCACCAGCCGUCCUCCUGCUGGAUUCCGUUCCGCUCGCCCUCCUGCCAGAACUGUCACAGCUACACUGACAAGUACCGGCACCAGAAACACUAAAGCUGCUCCCAUCAAAGGAGGCCCAAUCUCAAAGCCAAAGGUUGCAGUUACAGACGUGAAGGUCAACAAACCUCCCCCCAUGAGCACCAUCAGUCAGUACAGAUUAAACAUGGAGACAGCUGAGGAAAGAAGGUAACAUUCACUUCAUAUGAUGCUUGUCUUGAAGUGUUGCUGUCUUUAAGAAACACUCUAAUGUUUUUUUUAUUUACACUGCAGAGCAAAACUAGCGGACUGGCUUGCUUCCAAAGGCAAAACAUUUAAGAGACCAGCUAUGACGGCAGCACAAUCAAAAACCAAAGUCUCAGUAAAACCCAAAGCUGAGCCUAAACCGCAGUCUCAGUUUAAGCCUCAGCAAGUCAACCAACAUAGCACUGACCCUAAACCUAGUCUGGACGAUGAGAGGCCAGACGCUGCUGCUGCUCUUUGUGCAGACACCCAGAGAGCAGAGGUGACGGAGCAGAUCCAGACUCCAGUGAUCAUGAAUACAACUCUGGACCUGCUGGAGAACUCUGAUGAAGAUUUAUUUGGAGGCCAGCAGGAAAGAGUGGAUGAUGUAAGAAAACAAGCAGAAUAUUUUCUUAUGCUUUUGAGCAGAUUUCAAUCUUUCCCCCCACAGUGAUGAAUCCUGUUUUUGGUCUUGUCUCUUCUGACAGAUUGUAGUGAACCUGUGUGAUGCUUUGGAGGCCAUGGGAACACCCUCACAAUGCAGUGAAGGUAAGUUCAGUUGUGUCUUUCAUGAGUUCAAGGGUGUGAUCAUAUACAGUCUAUGGGUGUGAUGUGAAGUAUGACACUGCAAAAAAAACUGAUCUACUUAUGUUAGCAACAUUUAAGGUCCAAACACAGCCAGAUAAUACCACAGUGAGGUGAAAGUGACCAAUUAAAGUAAGGGGAUUUCAAAUGGGAGAUUUGGACUCUGUUUCCUUGUAUAAACACAUGAAAAUGAACAAAGUGUAAUUCAACAGAUGUGACAAUUUUUUACAACCUUUUGAGGGCUUUCUUAGAACUAAACUCAGGUGCAAAAUUGGCAUACUUAAUGAACCUGAUGUCAGUCGUUGAAUUAAAAAUUCCCACCCAAAUGCAUGUUAACGAUGACUGGGAAUUAUGGAAGCCCCAAAGCAGAAAGACACUGAUGCAUUGUACUAUCUUUUUACCUACAAUAAAAGAAGGUGUAAGUCAUUUCCUCCAAAUCUAGACUUAAAGUUAGAUCAUACUUUACAUCCUCGGAUUAUCAAAAGACAAACACAAACAUGUUUCAUUUAGCUGAAUAGUAUCGGCAGUGGUGGCACAGAUUAUUGUGAUUCUAGCUCAUUUAUAUUGUUUUAUUGUUUUCUGGAGUUAUAGAAAAUUAUACUGUUGCCAGAGGAAUUUUUUAUUCAUAAAGAUUAAUCUGUUAUGAAGGGGAAACCAGCUUUGGUAUCCCGGGGUGAUCAGAAAAAUAAGUAAAUAACGUAUGAUAUCUUAACAUAAAGAAUAAAAAACAAAAAUAUCCAGUUUACUUUCAAUUCAAGUGUCUAAAUAGCAAUCUCAGGUUUUCUCCAAAUUAUCUACAAAGCUGCUGCAGGGCCUCCUGGUGUGAACAGCAGCUCAAUGAGAGCAAGAGUGGUGUCCCAUUGUGUAUCUCUAAAUAAAGAAAAUCAAGCUGCCAUGGUUUGACACCUGCUGCAGCAGUAGACCCAGGCACUGAGAAUGACCAAAAUAUACUAUAUGUUGUUGCUCAUAGUCUUAAUUGCUAUUGUAGGUCAUACACAGUCACCAGUUUUCAUUUAAUUCUGUUUCAUAACCAGCUAAAGAUUUCUCACAGUUAAGAACAAGAACUUUAUUCAUCAUUGAAGGGAAAUUCAAUAACACACAGGAGCUUUAAUUGAUAAAAACCUUUUAUUCAUAGAGCAAUUUUUAAAAUCCAGGCUACAAUGUGCCACAAAAAGUUCAAACAAAACAGACGAGUCAUAAAACCGAAAGAGGUAGGUGUCAGUUAUAGUGAAGCAAAGAUGAGAAAUCUAAUAAAAUGAACCAAUCCAUUAAUCAUUGACAGAGGGAGCAGGAGCAGAUCCCACCAGUCAUCAGGAUAAAUUGAUCGUUCAUUACAAAAAGCAAAUGAAAUACAGACACUAGAGAACUUCGAAUUAAGACAAAUAAUUUUUUUGUUCCUUUUUCAGAAAGUGUAUUUUUAUUUUCUGAAUAAUUUUUUUUAAUGGGGGCACCUUUUUGUUUAAUUAGAGAUGUGACUAUCUGCAAGUAAUUUAUCAUAAAAGUCUGUGUACACUUGCUUAUACCCACAAGUGUUAUUCUCUUUCCCUCUAGGAGUUUCUCUGGUGUCAAACGUCUGCAGUGAGGUUGAAGAGAGUGAACCCAUGUAUGGAUGUGAAGAAGAGGAGCUGAAGAAUGAAAAGCCUGAAGAUGUAAGUGAGCAAAUGAAGAUUGAGCAAUUGAAGGAUGAAGAAGACAGUGAGGAAAGUGAGGCGGAGAUGGAUGAUACAGAGAAAGCAGCGGGCGUGAUGGAGACAACGCCACAGAGAGAGGAUGCAUCAGUGGUUAAGUACAGUGUGAAGACCACACCAUACCUGCAGAGGUGAGUCCAUCAACAACAGUUUCAUCCCACUGUUAAGUCAGAAAAUCACAAAGAAAAAUGCCACAUGGUCUGAUUUUUUUUUUGUUCAAAUUUAAAUGUCUGUUUUAGUGUCAAGAAAACGAUUGAAGGUGAGGUCAGCACCUCCAAGAGGAAGAGCAACAUCAAAGAUCUGAAGUUUCUGACACCUGUGCGUCGCUCCAGUCGCAUCGAGCGGAAAUCGUCCCGCCUGCCCACGAUGCUGGUGGACCACGAUCCCUGUGUGACAUCACUGGCUGAACUGGUGAAACUCGACGACGAUCAAAACGCCUACAUCUACAGGAAAAACCCUGCUCUGUUGGAAGAGCUGCCUGACCAGCCCAGGGUGUAAAGAGCUCUGUGUUAAUACCCUGUUCAAAAAUAAUCCUUUAAAAGAUAUUAUUGGACUGUGACACUUUUAAAUGUUACUUUUUCAGUUUUUACUAACCUCAAUGUGUAAAAAAUAAGAAUUGUACAUCCUUUUAAGCAUUUUAACAGCUUAAUUUAACAGAUUUUAUUUCUUAUUCUUUGUUCAGUAACACUAUUGUUCAUUGAUAUGUAAAGUUGAAAGGUUGCCCAAAACACUUAAAUAAAGAGUCUUGUCUUAAGUUAUAA